AUGCAUAUGCCAGCCUCAUUCUCAAUAUGCGCAGCCGUCCUCUAUGCGCUCACUCUCGGCGGCUACCCAGCUUAUGCCAUCGAGCUGAAUAUCAACGAUGAACAAUCGAUCAAAGAUGCCGCCGCAACGGCAACGUGGCAGAUGAUGACCUACUAUCAUGGAAAUGAGACGGGACAGAUUCCCGGCGCCUUCCCCGAAAAGUGGUGGGAGGGAUCGGCUCUCUUCUAUGCCCUUUUGAACUAUUGGCAUUUUACCGGCGACGAAACUUACAAUGAUGAACUGAGCGUUGGAUUGCAGUUCCAGUCCGGAACCAACGGAGACUAUCUGCCCUCGAACUAUAGUCACUUCCUGGGUAACGACGAUCAAAUGUUCUGGGGUCUCGCCGCCAUGACCGCCGCCGAGCUCAAAUUCCCCGACGUCAAGGACGGAUUUUCCUGGCUCUCCCUCGCACAGGGAGUGUUCAACUCCCAAAAGGGUCGAUGGAAUACGACCAUGUGCGGAGGAGGGUUGACGUGGCAAAUGUUCCCCUACCAAGGCGGGGGCUACACGAUGAAGAAUGCCAUCUCCAACGGCGGCUUCUUCCAGCUGGCCGCUCGAUUGGCCCGCUACACUGGUGAAUCCGAGUACGAAACCUGGGCAAAGAAGACGUGGGACUGGUCGGUCAGCGUGCCGCUGGUGAACAAUAAGACUUGGCUGGUACAGGAUUCCACCGAGGGAACGGAUGGGUGUAUCAACGGGGCCAAUUGGCCGUGGACCUACAAUUAUGGCACGUACAUGAUGGGCGUGGCGUACAUGUACAAUUACACCGGCGACCCCCAAUGGUACACCGCACUGGAUGGUCUGCUGAACCGCACCUUCAGCACCUUCUUCCUUGAGAAGCACGGCGGUAUCAUGGAGGAUAUCCUCUGCGAAGCUCGCGAAAUCUGCAACAACAACGAAGUUCUGUUCAAGGGUCUCCUCUCCACCUGGUUCUCCUACAUCGCCCUCAUUGUUCCCAGCACCUACGACCGAAUCAUGCCCAAAUUGCAAACCGCCGCCGUCGCGGCCGCCGCGUCCUGCAACGGCGAAGGCAAGAAUAUUUGCGGUGUGCGCUGGUACGAGUCCAAAUUUGACGGAAACCCAGGCAUGGAGCAACAGAUCAGUGUGAGCCAGGUGCUCAGUGCGAAUCUGUUGCCAUUUGUGCAGGGCCAGAAGUCGGUGGCCCCGGUGACUUCGAGCACGGGUGGUAAUAGCGAGAGUAAUCCCGACGCUGGGUUAACUGAUCCCAUCGAGAAAAAGGGGCCGGCUCCGAUCUCCACGGGUGAUCGAGCUGGAGCGGGGAUUUUGACGGUGGUGUUGGCUGUGGUAUGGGCGGCGAUGAUGGCUUAUGCCGUGAUAUAG